UGUUGCCAUGCUCCAGGCAGGUAGUUGGUUUGCGUUGUUGUGCCAUGUUGUUUGCAUUUGCAUCGCGUCGAGCUCUAAAAUUGCUCAGCUGCUUGUUGGCAUCCGUCCUUGCGGCGCCACCUGGACAACCCUGUGGCGAUAAUGAGGAGCUCACCUGUCUAGGCUGCCAUGAGCCAAGCUGCAAGGUGCCCUAUUACUAUGAUGCUGCAUGCCCCUAUUACAGCAUUUGCAAGUUGGGUUGUGGUUGCAAAUCUGGCUAUGUCCGUUAUGAUCAAUCCCUCCAAUGUGUAUCGGCUUACCAGUGCGAAUUUAAAAGCAAAAAUAAACGAUUUCAUGGAGCUAAGAUUUAAAAAGUAAGCGUGAAAUAUAUUAAUUUAAAGUUGAGCUGUCGACUGCAGUCUGAA